CGAACCAGAGGGACGCAAGUCACCCGCUCAGUAUUUUUUUUUGUUCCUCUCACUUACACUCCCUUUCAAUUUUACAAAACUAUUAAGCUGGCUGCUAUGCGCUCCCUGUAUCGCAUCGCUGCCGGCCUCACCGCCGCAGCUCUUGCUGUCUCUGGCGUGCAUGCCAUCCAAAGAGUCUCAAGGGCUGGUAGAUACCUCUAUACUGCGGACGGAAACAGGUUUUACAUUAAGGGCGUCGCGUAUCAGCAGCAAGGUGCUGUCGUGGCUGACACUAGCAAUCCGUUCUUGGAGCCAUCUACGUAUAUCGAUUCUCUCGCCAACGGAACCGACUGCCAGCGCGACCUACCUUACCUCCAGCAACUUGGAGUCAAUACUAUUCGAGCCUACAGCGUCGAUUCUAGUCUCAACCACGACACAUGUAUGCAACUAUUUAGCAACGCAGGUAUAUACGCUAUCAUCGAUUUGUCACUGCCAGUCAAUGGGUCUAUUAACCGCGACUCCCCUGCAUGGACUACGAAUCUCUUGGAUCUCUACCUCGAGACCGUGAACACCUUUUCGAAGUACGACAACGUGCUUGCCUACAAUGUUGGUAACGAGGUUGUCACGGCGGCGAACGAAACCGGCGCAGCUACAUUCGUCAAAGCCGCAGCUCGUGACGUCAAGGCUUACCUCAACUCCAUCCAAUCAUCCGCUCUCGUUGGUUAUGCAGCUAUAGACGGAGAUGCAUCCUGGAUCGUUCCUCUGGCUAAUUACUUGUCCUGUGAUCCGUCUGGUUCGAAUUCAGGUGCUACAGCCAUUGAUCUUUAUGGCUUGAACAACUACGAGUGGUGUGGCGACUCCACCUUCGAAGCUUCUUAUGCGGGCACGGAGGGCAACUUCGCCGGUUACAACGUUCCGGCUUACUUCAGUGAAUUCGGAUGUAUUACAGCAGGAACUCCACGUCCUUGGACCGAAGUCGGCGCCAUUUUCAGUUCUGAGAUGUCCCCCGAGUGGUCAGGUGGUAUUGCAUUUUCGUACUUCCCGGCAAGCAGUGUUCAAGGCCAGUUCGGCAUGGUGAACAUCUCGUCUGACGGCAGCACUGUUACCACUGGUCAAGACUUUGAUAAUCUCAAGGCACAAUACACUCAGGCGUCCCCUCCGAACUCGCCGUCGGAAAGUUCCGCCGGUUCGACUAGCUACCCCUCAUGCCCUCAACAGAAUUCCACAUUCGUAGCCUCGACUACCCUACCUCCAACACCCAACCUAUCAGCAUGCACGUGCUUAGAGAACAAUCUCGGCUGUCAAUUUACUCCUACGACAUCCAAUUAUACUUCGAUCCUGGGUUCCCUGUUGGAUUACGCCUGCAGCCUACUCGGUCAGUCCGGAGGCUCCUGCAAUGAUAUUUCUGCCAAUGGCACGAGUGGUACAUAUGGCCUUGUCUCUGAGUGUGAUCCCACUGUCAUGUUGUCAUAUGUUAUGAGCGAGUACUACAGCGCCACUAGCAACAACCCUCAGUCGUGCAGCUUUGGUGGCAACGGUACCGUCAAUUCGAACGCUAAAUCCGCACCUACUUCGGCGGCAUCUUCGUGCUUGGCGACGGCCACUGGCACCUUCGUGCCCACGUUGCCCAGCGGAGUGGCUUCAACGACCCCUACUGGAGCUGGAUCUUCUAGCGGAUCGGGAUCCGGAAAAUCGUCAGGCGGCGCUCCGAUUGCCGCUUUCGAUGCGAGGGUCUUCUUUGGCGUCGGCGUUCUUGUGGUGACGAGUAUGGUCAGCGGUUUCAUGACACUUGCGUAGUAGGGUAUAUAGUUUGAGGAUGGACCUACUUCCUAAUUUUUCUUUUUUAUUCUCUUACUGGACUGUUUUUGUAUUUGGCUACGUAGCAAGCGGAGUUUGAUUUUUGAG